GGGGAGGAAACCGGAGUCCUAUAAGAAGCGCUCCGCGACGAAGGUGCAACAAGUGGAGGUGACCCGAGGCUCCAAAGGCGCUGCUGCAAGAAUGGAGGUGCUUUCAGUGGACUUGCCAAGCCACCUUUCGUCAUCGCCACCAUCUCGCUCCCAGCAAGAAAUCGCACUCAGGAUAAAAACUGCAUACAACAUGGCUAUCAACAUGAAGGCUGGCGCAAAACAGCUGCUAGCAGACUACACGUCUAUUCAGGACGAACCCUUCACAAAUGCUGGUUUCAACCCUCCCGUCGAGCCCUUCCCAGGCCUGCCGUCGCCAUCCCUUCUCGCCAGCGCCUGGCAGGACCUUAGCGACGCCGAGCGGCUGCAGCAGAACGCCACGGCCUUCUCCAAUUUGCCAGAGUUCCUGUCCGCCGCCAAAAGCCAACAGGAGGAGAUGAACCCCGAUGCCUGCGACCUGCACCACCAGUUCACAAAGUCGCGCCUGCAGUGCCUUGGACUGUCGGACCACCUUGAAUCCAUUGCGGCCUCCAUGGGCCUUGUACUUGCUCCGGCGAUGCCGGCUGAGCCGCCGGGACUUGGCGGCUCCUUUUUCAUGAAAAUUUCCGGCUACCGCGUUUGCCGUCUCUACCGGGAUUGGGUCCUCCGUUGCGAAAAGGACCUGGCCCUCCUGGCUGACAGAUACCCUGUCCCCUCGCUCUGAGGGGAAAUUAUGUGGUGUCGUAUGUACCAUCCCAGUUGGCUUCUGGUUUUUUGUGUUGGUGAGGGGAAGUUAGGAGAUUAGUAAACUUUUUUCUCUCUACCCACGGGAAGGCUGAAGGAAUGAAACGCCCUUCCCUUGUGAGGAAUGCUUUUGUCAUGUAGCAGCCCCAGCAAAGCAACACUGAACUGCCUCCAUCUUGCCUGUCUCCUUCAUAUUCUCAUUCUCGUCCUUCUUGUCUUCAAAAAAAACCAAGUAAAUCCAGGGUGUGAAAGGAGAAAAUGUUUGCAGAGGAGCAGCGUUGGUUCUCCCGCCUUUUGGCAGAGCCUGAAUGCUUUCGCUCAUUGUGAGACGAGAGAGAUGGAGCUUCCACCCCACAGCAGCCAUUUUGUGAGAGCUGCUUUGCCCUCUCAAUAUGGAAGAGUUUCUCGAGGGGAGUAGGGUAUCUGGUUCCAAUUUUCCCCCUCCCUGUAACACCGAACACUAAGAAACAUGAUGCUGAAAGGCAGUGGAAAGCCAAUAUAGCCUAUGUGCCUUUUCUUAUCCUCUGUGUGGCACAUUUAGAAAUUCAACAGGUAAAGAAAGCUUGUAGGCCCUGUAGAUGGCUGACGGGAGAAGCGUGAACCUGCCGCAGUUAUUCCUGUCACAGUUGUUAAAGGUGCAGAGCGGAGGUGGGGAAAGGUGAUUAAGAUGGCGUCUUUAUGAGCAAGGCUGUUUGUGGCAUUAUUCCCAUUCAAUCUGAACCCCUUUCUACUGGGUGCUGAGACACAUUGAGAGAGGCUGUGUGGUAUAGUGGUUAGAGUGCUGAACUAGUUCAAAUCCCUUACUCGGGCUUGAAGCUUACUUGGGCCACUCACUGUCUCUCACCCUAACCUACCUUACAGGGUUAUUGUGAGGACGAAAUGAGGAGGGGCAGAACCCUGUAGGCCACAUUGAGCUCCUUGGAGGCUAUAAAUGUAAUAAUGAUUAUUUUUUCCCCCAUUGGUUUCUCAGUGCCGAGUUAGUUCUCUGACAGAAUUAUCUUGAGGGAGAAACCAUUACCUGUUUCAUGGUACCUUGUUAACCCUUAACAGCCCUUCUCACCCCACCCUUUUCUCCAGUUAUGGGGAGGAAGGGGCCUCUUACUGUGCAGACUCUGGUUUUUGAGAAAGCUGUUCUCUUCAGGGCUUGUGUCCCUGCCCUAGAGACUUUAGUUUCUACUGUAUGUGUUAUUUUUAUAUUAAUUAUAUAUGUGGAUAUAUAUAUAUAGCUGCAGCCUAAUUAUGUGAAUAUUGUUAAAUUAAACUAUUUUUAGUAGGAA